GCUGCGCCGCCGCCCGGCCUGCCGCCGCUCGGUGCGGGUCCGCGGGGCGCGAGGAGCGGCGAGACCGCGGCCUGGAACAAAGGGAGGCCGGCUGGGGCGGGGGCGUCGCGAGCAUGGCGGACCGCAGCCUGGAAGGCAUGGCGCUGCCCCUGGAGGUGCGGGCCCGGCUGGCCGAGCUGGAGCUGGAGCUGUCGGAAGGUGACAUCACACAAAAAGGAUAUGAAAAGAAGAGAUCCAAACUGAUUGGCGCCUACCUGCCCCAGCCUCCGACAGCGAAUGGAGCUGCCGUGGUCCGGUGUAGACUGCAGCACAGUGAAGGAGCCCCGAGAAGAAUGCUGCAGGCUGGCAACAUCGGGGUGUGUGACAUCCGAGACGCCGCGGUCAGAGGGCGGGCAGCCAGCACCGCAGGAAACCGGCCACUGUUUUACUUUCGUUUCGGGGUGGAUCAAGCUUUGCCUCCAGAGCGCCGGGCUCCCGUUACUCCCUCCUCUUCCUCUCGCUAUCACCGUCGGAGGUCCUCAGGGUCACGAGAUGAGCGCUAUCGGUCAGAUGUUCACACAGAAGCUGUUCAGGCCGCGCUCGCUAAACACAAAGAAAGGAAGAUGGCGGUGCCUAUGCCUUCCAAACGCAGGUCCUUGGUUGUGCAGACCUCGAUGGAUGCCUACACACCCCCAGAUACCUCCUCGGGCUCGGAAGACGAAGGCUCCGUGCAGGGCGACUCCCAAGGGACCCCCACCUCCAGCCAGGGCAGCAUCAACAUGGAGCACUGGAUCAGCCAGGCCAUCCACGGCUCCACCACCUCCACCACCUCCUCCUCGUCCACCCAAAGCGGGGGGAGCGGCGCGGCGCACAGACUGGCCGACGUCAUGGCCCAGACGCACAUAGAAAAUCACUCUGCACCUCCCGACGUAACCACUUACACCUCAGAACACUCAGUGCAAGUAGAAAGGCCGCAGGGCUCGACGACGUCCCGGACGGCCCCGAAGUACGGCAACGCCGAGCUCAUGGAGACGGGCGACGGAGUGCCUGUAAGUAGCCGCGUAUCAGCAAAGAUCCAACAGCUUGUCAACACCCUCAAACGACCCAAGCGACCACCAUUGCGGGAAUUCUUCGUUGAUGACUUUGAAGAACUGCUGGAAGUUCAACAACCAGACCCAAACCAGCCAAAGCCAGAGGGAGCCCAGAUGUUGGCCAUGCGUGGGGAGCAGCUGGGUGUAGUUACAAACUGGCCACCGUCUUUAGAAGCUGCGUUACAGCGAUGGGGGACCAUCUCCCCAAAGGCCCCCUGCUUGACCACGAUGGACACGAAUGGGAAACCCCUGUACAUCCUCACUUACGGCAAGCUGUGGACAAGAAGUAUGAAGGUUGCUUACAACAUUCUGCAUAAAUUAGGUACAAAGCAAGAACCUAUGGUGCGACCUGGAGACAGGGUGGCGCUGGUGUUCCCCAACAACGACCCUGCUGCCUCCAUGGUGGCUUUCUACGGCUGCCUGCUGGCCGAGGUCGUUCCCGUGCCCAUCGAGGUGCCCCUCACGAGAAAGGACGCAGGAAGCCAGCAGAUCGGGUUCCUGCUUGGAAGCUGUGGGGUGACCGUGGCCUUGACGAGCGACGCCUGCCACAAAGGGCUGCCCAAGAGCCCGACAGGGGAGAUCCCGCAGUUCAAAGGUUGGCCCAAGCUGUUAUGGUUUGUCACGGAGUCAAAACAUCUCUCUAAACCGCCUCGAGACUGGUUCCCGCACAUUAAGGAUGCGAAUAACGACACUGCGUAUAUCGAGUACAAGACGUGCAAGGAUGGGAGCGUGCUCGGGGUCACCGUGACGAGGAUCGCGCUUCUGACCCACUGCCAGGCCCUCACCCAGGCCUGCGGCUACACAGAAGCUGAAACAAUUGUGAAUGUGUUGGAUUUCAAGAAGGAUGUCGGGCUCUGGCACGGAAUCCUCACGAGCGUCAUGAACAUGAUGCACGUGAUCAGCAUCCCGUACUCGCUGAUGAAGGUGAACCCGCUCUCCUGGAUCCAGAAGGUCUGCCAGUACAAAGCGAAAGUGGCCUGCGUCAAGUCCAGGGACAUGCACUGGGCGUUGGUGGCGCACAGGGAUCAGAGGGACAUCAACCUCUCCUCCCUCCGGAUGCUGAUAGUGGCUGAUGGCGCCAAUCCCUGGUCAAUUUCUUCCUGCGACGCAUUUCUCAAUGUCUUCCAAAGCAAAGGCCUGCGCCAGGAGGUCAUCUGUCCCUGUGCCAGCUCACCAGAGGCGCUGACUGUGGCCAUUCGGAGGCCCACUGACGACAGCAACCAGCCCCCAGGCCGCGGCGUCCUCUCCAUGCACGGGCUGACCUACGGCGUCAUCCGGGUGGACUCAGAGGAGAAGCUGUCUGUGCUCACCGUGCAGGACGUCGGCCUCGUGAUGCCUGGAGCCGUCAUGUGCUCAGUGAAGCCCGACGGGGUCCCCCAGCUGUGCAGGACGGACGAGGUCGGGGAGCUCUGCGUGUGUGCGGUUGCAACGGGCACGUCCUAUUACGGCCUCUCGGGUAUGACCAAGAACACCUUCGAGGUGUUCCCGGUGACGGGCUCGGGGGCCCCAGUCAGCGAGUACCCCUUCGUGAGGACGGGCCUGCUGGGUUUCGUCGGCCCCGGGGGGCUGGUCUUCGUGGUGGGCAAGAUGGACGGGCUCAUGGUGGUCAGCGGACGCAGACACAACGCCGACGACAUCGUAGCCACCGCCCUGGCCGUGGAGCCCAUGAAGUUCGUCUACAGGGGAAGAAUAGCUGUGUUCUCCGUGACCGUCCUGCACGACGAGAGGAUAGUGAUUGUGGCUGAGCAGAGGCCGGACUCCACGGAGGAGGACAGCUUCCAGUGGAUGAGCAGGGUGCUCCAGGCAAUUGACAGCAUACACCAAGUUGGGGUUUAUUGUCUGGCCUUGGUUCCAGCAAACACCCUCCCCAAAACCCCGCUCGGGGGGAUCCAUCUGUCAGAGACGAAGCAGCUUUUCCUGGAGGGCUCGCUUCACCCCUGCAACGUCCUGAUGUGUCCUCACACGUGUGUCACCAACCUGCCUAAGCCCCGGCAGAAGCAGCCAGAGAUCGGCCCUGCCUCUGUGAUGGUGGGGAACCUGGUGUCUGGGAAGAGGAUCGCGCAGGCCAGCGGCAGAGACCUGGGCCAGAUAGAGGACAACGACCAGGCCCGGAAGUUCCUGUUCCUCUCAGAGGUCCUGCAGUGGAGGGCGCAGACCACCCCUGACCACGUGCUGUACACGCUGCUCAACUGUAGGGGCACAAUAGCGAACUCGCUGACAUGUGUCCAGCUGCAUAAACGGGCUGAGAAGAUAGCCGUGAUGCUGAUGGAGAGAGGGCAUCUGCAGGACGGGGACCACGUGGCUCUGGUCUACCCCCCGGGGAUAGACCUCAUCGCAGCGUUUUACGGCUGCCUGUACGCAGGCUGCGUGCCGAUCACCGUCCGUCCCCCGCACCCUCAGAACAUCGCCACCACGCUGCCCACCGUGAAGAUGAUCGUGGAGGUGAGCCGCUCCGCCUGUCUGAUGACAACACAACUGAUCUGUAAAUUGUUACGAUCCAGGGAGGCAGCCGCAGCUGUAGAGGUCAGGGCCUGGCCCCCCAUACUGGACACAGAUGAUUUGCCAAAGAAGCGGCCUGCCCAGAUCUACAAACCUUCCAACCCGGACACACUAGCCUACCUUGACUUCAGUGUGUCCACAACUGGGAUGCUUGCUGGAGUGAAGAUGUCUCACGCAGCCACCAGUGCCUUCUGCCGUUCCAUUAAGCUGCAGUGUGAGCUCUACCCCUCUAGAGAAGUGGCCAUCUGCUUGGACCCUUACUGUGGACUUGGGUUUGUCCUGUGGUGCCUCUGUAGCGUGUACUCCGGGCACCAGUCCAUCCUCAUCCCGCCCGCGGAGCUGGAGACCAACCCUGCCCUGUGGCUGCUUGCCGUGAGCCAGUACAAAGUCCGGGAUACGUUUUGCUCCUAUUCGGUGAUGGAACUUUGUACCAAGGGGCUGGGCUCACAGACAGAAUCCCUCAAGGCACGAGGCCUGGACUUGUCCCGCGUGCGGACCUGCGUGGUCGUAGCAGAAGAACGGCCCCGAAUAGCCCUCACCCAGUCCUUCUCAAAACUGUUCAAAGACCUGGGCCUCCAUCCGCGGGCCGUCAGCACUUCGUUUGGCUGCAGAGUGAACCUGGCAAUUUGCUUGCAGGGGACCUCGGGGCCUGAUCCGACCACCGUGUACGUGGACAUGCGAGCGCUGAGGCACGACAGAGUCCGUCUGGUAGAAAGAGGAUCGCCUCACAGCCUGCCCCUGAUGGAAUCAGGAAAGAUCCUUCCGGGGGUUCGGAUCAUAAUCGCCAACCCAGAAACGAAAGGGCCCUUGGGAGACUCGCACCUGGGUGAGAUCUGGGUUCACAGCGCCCACAACGCCAGCGGGUAUUUCACCAUUUACGGAGAUGAGUCCCUCCAGUCGGAUCACUUCAGCUCGAGAUUAAGUUUUGGAGACACACAGACAGUCUGGGCUCGGACGGGCUACUUGGGGUUCCUGCGGAGAACUGAACUCACCGACGCAAAUGGAGAGCGCCACGACGCCCUCUACGUGGUGGGGGCCCUGGACGAGGCCAUGGAGCUGCGAGGCAUGAGGUACCACCCAAUAGACAUCGAGACCUCGGUCAUCAGAGCACACAAGAGCGUCACGGAGUGCGCUGUGUUCACCUGGACCAACCUGCUGGUGGUGGUGGUGGAGCUGGACGGGUCCGAGCAGGAAGCCCUGGACCUGGUGCCCCUGGUCACCAACGUGGUGCUGGAGGAGCACUACCUGGUGGUGGGCGUGGUGGUGGUGGUGGACGUCGGCGUCAUCCCCAUCAACUCCCGCGGCGAGAAGCAGCGCAUGCACCUGCGCGACGGCUUCCUGGCCGACCAGCUGGACCCCAUCUACGUGGCCUACAACAUGUAGGCCCGCGGGCGGCUCGGGCGGCCCGGAGACGCGGCGUGUGCUCAGAAGGACUUUGCGUGCCUGCCUUCAGUUUGUCGGAAAAGCCCAUUUCGAAAACCUCCUUUUCUUUCUUUUUUUUGAAUUAUUGGAUAAUAAGUGCUUUCUUCGUACAUGUGGUAUUUUGUUAAGCCAAAAUAGCAAUUAAAAGAAAUAUCUGCCCUCCAGGUGGGUUCUUUUAAGCAGUUUAUGUAGUGUGACAAAGAAUUGUUUUCUCUGUUUUAAUGUGUCAUGAAAUCCUAAUGACAUGGACCUGCUACUAAUUUAAGCCAUUGCUAGAUCUCAUCCUUUUAGGGGAGUUUGCUGAGGUACGAGAAAACCUUCCAAUUAGAUUUUAGCAGCUUUCUCUGUCAGAGUGUGCUGAAGAAACAGGCUCAUACACGGCCUUUGGAGUUAGCAUAGAACGAGAAGAAAUUAUAAAUAAGGUGUCUUUCGGCAAUUACCUUGCAAAUAUCUUUGUACUAAACUAAAAAGAUAAAAUAAGUUAACUUCAUAUGUAAUUAUGUACAAAACGUUUAAUUUAUUUUGAUCUCUUUAGAAGUAUAACAGAGAAAACAUUCAAGAAUAUUAAAGUCUUGUAAUGUUUGCUAAUAUAAAAGUGUUGUAUUAUCUUGCGUGGAUAGCAUCACAACAACUAUAUAUAUAUAUGACAUAGAAAUUCACUAAGAACAAAGGAGAUUUUAAAGUCGAAAACGCAGACCCUGUCACUUGCAUGUCCCCUCCACUGCACUGCACAUAAGAGACUCUCGCCCUCUUUGCUGACGCGAGCGCCCGGAUCGCCAGCAGCCCCGUCUGUCUGAUCGCUCCUUCCAGAACCGGAGACCGGCGAGCGAGGUUGGCGCCUCUCGGCGGUGGUGGAUCGGGGCUCAGUGUGCACGCUUCCCUCUGCUCGGGGCCACCGCGCAGCCAGGCCUGGGGGGCAGGUGGCCGAAGAAGUCCUUGCAGUGUUUUCAUCGUUUUUGUUCGCGUCACCUUCUCUGUCCCCGGUGUGGAAAGGCGUGUUGUUCUCUAGUCAUUUGCAGCAGGUCGUGUCAACUCCCUCGGACGGCUUUCACGGAAGACCCUCAGCAGGAGGUGGCCUCCCAGACGACAGAGCCCCGGCUGGAGCGGGAGGCCCCGGAUGCUGUGCCCGGCCUCCUGCCUCGGCACACCUCCCAUUUCCGUCUCUUGCUGCUGCUGCUGCCGCCGCCGCCGCCGCCGCCCCCGCCCCCGCCUCACACACCUUCCGAUUUUCAGAGCUCCUCGCACACUCCUGGGUCACGUCAGCCCAUCUGUGUCCAGCCUAGAAGAGGUGUUACCUUGUCCACGCGAGAUUCACGUUGGACUGGCCCCGGUGUGGCCCUGCGGGGUCCUGAGGCUAGGUCUGCACGACGGAGAUGGUUGCUGGAGAGACAGACCUUCCUGUGAGGUGGCUUGUCUGCCGUUGCUCCGGGCUGGCAGCGAGGCCUUCGCAUCGAGAGAGUUUGUGUGACUUCGGAGAUUCAAGGCUAAUUGCUGGUACAGUUUGAAGGGGUGUAUUUUUUUAAGUUGUCUGCAUGUGGGGUACGUUCUUCAUCUCACAAGUCAUUGAUUUUUAAAAUAUUGUUUGACUUCACUGCUGUGUAUGACUCUUCCUCUACAUGCUUCAGAUACACGUUGCUGCGGUCUUCUGCUUCCCGGGGGGUCCCCACCACUUUCCCAUGCCCACCUUCUGUAAGGGGGGGUUAAGGUUUCGGGUCAGACUCACAACUGCAGGUGAUCCGGAGGCCCACCGAGGUGGCGUGAGGUUGUUGGUGCCAUUGCGAGGCCUCGGGGACGUCCUGUGUCAGCAUCGAGGUCCAGGGGGCUCCGGGUUGGGAUCCAGGUUCUGUGAUGCAAGAAAAGGAGAAGAGACAGUAGGUACCACCCGUUCAGCAAUAAAGGAGGAUCCUUCUGUACUAGAAACUGGAUGUGUUAGGAUGUAACCAGUGUCUGUCUUGUGACCUUGUGCUUUUGGAGUCAGACGAAACGUGUGGUCAGCUUGCACAAAGGAGGGUAGGCAGUGAUCACUGAGGCUCAGACCAACCAGACAGGGCGGCUUCCUCAUGGUGCUUGUUUAUUAUUACCUAUUUAAUCCUGCUUGACACUUUACCCAGGGAGACAGUCCCUGUUGCCAGUCGAUGCUACAGCGUUAUUCAUAGAGUCGGUGACUGGUUAGAGAAAUUCAUGUGCUCAGCCAAUCACGGUUUCAAACAAAAUUUUUAUGUGCAAAGGACGGCAACCUUCUCGUAUGUUAAACCACCAGUAAGCUUUGUACAUCUGUGAUAACGCCUGUUUUAUAUUCAAAUGAACAAAUAAAAGCUUUUAUUUUUGUUGCUCUGAAAA